ACAAACUCUUAAGAAGAACCAGGUCGAUUAAACUACUACUAACUGACAAAAGAUAACAGUCGGUCACCCUCUUAAAGUUUUUUCCUAAUAAAUAUGGUUAAAGAGGACUGCAGUAAAAUGCAGCUAGUGUCUCGGUCUGGAAACACGGAGCUUCCCGGCUGAGGGAAUUACUCAACCGCUAAGCAUCAGUUUCCGCUCGCUCCUGAUGCCAGAGCUAGCUGUCGGAGCUAGCGGGGCCAGCUAGCCGCGCGGCUCGUGUCGCUGCUCGGACAGUGAGGUUUCUUCCGUUGCUCAGCUGCUAGGGCCGGCCGGACAGUUUGCCCUCAUCGCCGUGAAGGAGACCUCCCUGGAAAUGGGACGAAGGUUGCAGUGAGGAAGAUCACCACAUGGAUUUGUGAUAUUUAAACCCAAUGGAUUAUUCCUCAUGCACCACAAAAUCACGGAUUAUCUCUCCUCCCAGCAGCAUGGGCGCCAUUAAACCAGACGUGGGCUGCUGCAGAGAUUCCUCUUCUUACGUGGAUUCAUCUGGCAGUUUGUAAAAAUCUCAGCCCUCUCCCCUCCCUGGAUCUGCAAUCCCAAUCUUUUGUUUUCCUGCUUCGAGUGGAACUAUGUGUCUGUGUGGGAAGCUCAGAUACGUGUGAGCAUAGGUGAGAUUUUGUGCAAAGGAAGCCCAAGGAGGAGAUCCAGGGAAGCCUUUCCAGACAACCAUGGCUUCAGUGUGGAAAAGACUGCAGCGUGUGGGGAAGCACGCCUCCAAGUUCCAGUUUGUGGCUUCUUAUCAAGAACUGAUGGUCGAAUGCACGAAGAAAUGGCAACCUGACAAACUGGUGGUGGUUUGGACCCGCAGAAGUCGGCGGAAAUCAUCAAAGUCUCACAGCUGGCAGCCUGGCAUCAAAAACCCCUACAGAGGAGUUGUGGUGUGGCCCGUCCCAGAAAACAUUGAGAUCACCGUCACCCUCUUUAAGGAUCCCCAUGCAGAGGAGUUUGAGGACAAAGAAUGGACGUUUGUUAUUGAAAAUGAGUCUCCGUCUGGGCGGAGGAAGGCCUUGGCCACCAGCAGCAUAAACAUGAAGCAGUAUGCCAGUCCCAUGCCCACACAGACGGACGUCAAGCUCAAGUUUAAGCCCUUGUCGAAGAAGGUGGUGUCAGCCACGCUACAGUUCUCCCUGUCCUGCAUCUUCCUCCGCGAGGGCAAGGCCACAGACGAGGACAUGCAAAGCCUGGCCAGCCUGAUGAGCAUGAAGCAGGCUGACAUCGGGAACCUGGACGACUUUGAGGAGGAGAAUGAGGAAGACGAGGAAAACCGCGUCAACCAGGAGGAAAAGGCUGCUAAGAUCACAGAGAUAGUAAACCAGUUGAAUGCCCUGAGCUGCUUUCAUGGGGAUGAUGAUGGUGAUGAUGAUGAAGGUGUUCACAAGCAAACGUGCAAAGCAAAAGCUAAGCCUGCUGCUUCCACCCAAGAACUGAUCAACAAGCUAAACUUCUUGGAGGACGAGGAUCGCGAAAGCGCUCCUGCCAUGAGCAGCAAUCCCUUUGAUGAAACUGACGAUGACCUACAGACCAACCAUCUCAACCCGUUUGGUGAUCCUGACGAGGAAGAGCCCCCCGCUCAGCAGAGGCCUGCCGAGGAUUCUUUACAUGAACACAGCUCUGCAAAUCCCUUCAAUGAGCUGGAUGAACCCGAAACGUCUUCGGGAAACCCGUUCGAAGAGCCCGACCUGGACGCAGAGCUCCAGCCAGACCCAGAACCCCCCAAGCCCAAGCCAAGAAAGGGGGUGCGGCCUGUUGACAUGAGCAAGUACCUGUAUGCUGACACGUCCCACACCGAGGAGGACGAGCUUGACGAAUCCAAUCCAUUUUACGAGCCAAAGACAUCAGACCCAGCAGGACCUGCUGCUGCCGGCCCUUCCCAUAAUGUGGACAGCAGCCAUAAGAGAAUGGCCCCGGCGCCCCCCAGCACCACCACUGGUCCCAGCUCAAGUUCAACACCGGUUAAACCCAGCUGUGGCCCAGACAAGGAGAGAACUCAGCCGACCAGGCCGAGCCCUGUGGCAGCAGUGAUGGGGAGGGAGCUGGCCUCCUCCUCCCCCAAGCUCAGCCCCGUCCCAAGCCCGGUUCUUGGAGGGAAACCCAACGCCAGCCAGUCCCUGUUGGCCUGGUGUCGCGAGGUCACCAAGAACUACCGUGGGGUAAAGAUCACCAACUUCACCACCUCCUGGAGGAAUGGGCUGGCCUUCUGCGCCCUCCUGCACCAUUUCAGACCUGACCUGAUAGACUACAAGUCGCUCGGCCCUCAGGAUAUUAAAGAAAACAACAAAAAGGCGUAUGACGGCUUUGCGAGCCUCGGGAUCUCCCGCCUCUUGGAGCCAUCAGACAUGGUGCUGCUAGCCAUUCCAGACAAGCUGACUGUGAUGACCUACCUGUACCAGAUCCGGGCUCACUUCUCGGGCGAAGAGCUCAACGUGGUGCAGAUUGAGGCCAACAGCAGCCGCAGCACCUACAAAGUUGGUGACUUUGAAACUGACACCAAUGCCUCCGUCGGCCAGGAUAAGUUUUAUGCUGAGUUAAAUGACGUUCAGCACCGGCAGGCUGAGCCUCAGCCCACUUCUCCUAGUACAAGCACUGAGGCCAACGGGGCUGAUCUUGAGCCUCAGGAGGGUCUAAGCUUGACAACGGGGCCUUUGCAGCCCUCCCCUACUGUCCCAUUACAGAUCUCAGUACCACACACCAACGCUACAAACUCUAGUAACCUGACAGCAACUGUCUCUGAGGACCGGGGGGUGUUGCUCAAAGCCAAGACUUUAGACCUAAGCGAGAUCAGGGCGGAGAAGGAAAUGGAAAAGGAAACGCAGCAAUUAGAAGAGGCAGGACAAGACGGAGGGGAGGGAGACGUUGAACCAGCACCGUCAACCAGGAGAGGAAUUUCCUCCUCGCCUCCUCACCAGAAACUGGGCUUCUCCUACAACAGAGACGCUGACCUGAUUAAGAAGAAGAGAGCCAGCCUUCGUCACUCAGAGUCAGAACCCGCCUCCGAACCCAGAACAUCUCUGGUCAACCAUGCAGAUGGCAAACAGGAGCCGUCACCCACCUCUGCAACGAGUCCUGCAGAGAAGAGAGUGCUGUCCCGCCAGGAGGAGCUGAAGGAGAGGGCCCGCCUCCUGCUGGAGCAGGCACGCAGAGACGCCGCCAUAAAAGCUGGGAGCAAGAACGCCCCCGCCACUACCGCCAGGUCCAGCUCUGUCUCCGACUGGAUGAAGAAAACGGAUAAUGUUGAGCUCAGACUGUUGUGUUCCUGUGUGCAGGAGCGGGAUGCAGAGCGGCGGAAGCAGCUGCGAGAGCGCGCCCGGCAGCUGAUCGCCGAGGCCCGGUCCGGAGUCAAGAUAUCCGACAUGAGCUUGCUGGACACAGCGAGAGGCAGCAGGGGAGCACCUGCAGGAGAUGUUGUGGACAGUGGGAGGAGUCAAGACGAGGAUGAGGAGGGUGGGGUUUUGGAGGAGCAGGUCAUCUUUGGUGGCGAUGGUUCUGUCACCGCUGGCUCCUCUGCUCCUGCUACUGCUUUGGUUACUAACCCACCGCCACCGGAGGCCCUUCCAGCUGCCUCCAGCCCACCAGAGCUUACUAACCCCGCCCCUGAGCUGACCUCUCCGGGUGCCAACAGCAAAAAUGUGGAUUUGAAGCUGAAGAAGAUGGUGGAGGUGGGCCCCAGAGGAGUCACUUCUCCCACGUCUCCUUCCUCCACUUCCUCCUCUUCCUCGCCCUCUGCCUCCUCCUCCUCCCCCUCCCCCCUCAGCCCUACAGAAGCACUAGAGGAAAAUGCAGAGGAGCUGCGAGGAGAGCGUCUGCGCAGAGCCACAGAGAGGUUACGCAGCCCGGUCGUGUUUAACGCAGAUUCUGCAGUCAGGAAAACUCAGCUGAAGUCCUUUAGCCAGUAUGUGGAGAACAGACCGGAGGUGAAGAGGCAGAAGUCUGUUCCUGAAGACCUGAGGAGGAUGGAGGAGGACAGAGGUUCACCAGCAGAGCUGGAGGUUCACAGACAGAUUGAAGACGAGAAGGCGUUCAAAGACACCAGUCAGUACGUGGUCGGGGAGCUGUCUGCGCUGGAGAGCGAGCAGAGGCACAUCGACGCGCGAGCGGCGCGCGUGGAGAAGAGGCUGCGCUAUCUCAUGGACACAGGCAACAACAAGGAGGAGGAGGAGGCCAUGAUGCAAGAGUGGUUCAUGCUGGUCAACAAGAAGAACGCUCUGAUCCGGAGGCAGAACCAGCUGUCUCUGCUGGAGAAAGAGCACGAUCUGGAGAGACGCUUCGAACUGCUGAACAGAGAGCUGAGGGCCAUGCUGGCCAUUGAGGACUGGCAGAAAACAGAGGCCCAAAAGAGGCGGGAGCAGCUGCUGCUGGAUGAACUGGUCAUACUGGUCAACAAACGGGACGCACUGGUCAGAGACCUGGACGCUCAGGAGAAGCAGGCCGAGGAGGAGGACGAGCACCUGGAGAGGACGCUGGAGCAGAACAAAGGCAAGAUGGCCAAGAAAGAAGAGAAGUGUGUCCUUCAGUGACCGUCCGGAAAAAACCCUGUCAUCCAGAUGUUCAGUUACUGGACUCCAGAUUAAGGCAGAGACUAACUGAACUAAUCCUCUUUCAGUGUAGCGUGUUCAUGUGACGUGUGUGUGAUGCUGCUGCGGUGUGAGGUACGGCACAGCACUCCAGCUUUUGAAAGAUCUUUUCCAGCUGCUCCACUCUUAUCACUUUUUACUUGUAAAAUAACCUACCUGCAUAUAUAAUUAUGUUCAUAAAUCUUUACUAUUGCUUUUUGUAUUGUCCGGCCUGAAAGCAUUUUACCAAAACAAAGAUAGUGUUGUAUAUUUCCACCUCUCUGCUCUGGCCAAUAGCUUCCAGAAUUCCUGUUUAUGUCGCAGCCAGAAACAACAAAUGUGGAUUUUAUUUAUUGCCUUUUGCUGCUUGUAAGUCCAUCUACCUUCCCAUGUCAUGCACCCUGCUCCACUUUUGGUUUGUAUUUAUUGUAUUCAGAGGACAAACAUGCUUCCACGUGCGUCUUUUAGAGCUCCACAGCUGUCCAUCACGUGUGAACAUUUAUCUGAUUAUUUAUUCCAAUGUCAUAAUCCAAGUCUGCAAAAAUAAAGUCCUGAUCAUUUCA